AUCUCGGUUUCCCUUUCCAUUUUCUUCUAGUAAGUUCCACAUCGCCGGCGAAGAGGUCUGUUAAGUAUGGCGACGGCUGUGGUCCGACGGCUCUGCAAGGCGGUCGUCUGCAUUACCGCCGUGGUGCUCUACUCGUCGCCGGUAAUCUCUGGAGCCGUCAGUAAGCAAACUUUCGUGAAGAAGACCGUCGCCGCCCAUGAAAUCGUUAUUUUCUCCAAGUCCUACUGCCCGUAUUGUCGGCGGGCAAAGUCUGUUUUCAGUGAAUUGAAAAAGGCGCCAUAUGUCGUGGAGCUUGAUCAAAGAGAUGAUGGUGGGGAAAUCCAAGAUGCAUUGUCUACAAUUGUUGGAAGACGAACUGUCCCUCAAGUCUUCAUUAAUGGAAAGCAUUUGGGUGGCUCCGAUGACACAGUUGAAGCAUAUGAUAGUGGUAAGCUUGCAAAGAUUUUGGGUAUCACCAGCAAUAUCAAAAAUGAUGAUCUUUAAAAAGUAAAUACUCAUUUCCUUAUCAAAAUUAGAUGCGUUUUAUUGUUGUAACAAUUUUACCUGCUUCUUUUUCUUAUUUUUCAGAGUACUUAUUGCACUUGUGAA